AUGGAGUUAAGUGACUUACCACGUAAUUUAAUCAUAGCGAUACUGCAGUUUGUGGACCAUACGAGUCUGUUACAGCUUGAGAUUGUCAAUCGUCAUGUACGGGACAUUAUUCUACAUGGUGACAUGGGAGGUAUUGGCACAACGUCUGGCUCUUCACCUGUAAAUUCAGAAUUUUCGGUACUGCGUCAAGUUCGAGAAUGUUCUUCAGUGGACCACAUAAACGAGUCAGCCGAUAAUACACUUACAAGGUCACAUUGUGACAUUGGUGUAACAUUACUCCAUCAUAUGGCCGUAGCAGAUGAUCCAGUUCAAUUUGUAGCCAUGGCGAAAAGAUUGCAACGUGUAUGUGGCUGUGCAAGAGAACAGCCAUGUUAUUGGAGCAGUGCUUCCACAUGGGAAUGUACAUCGACGGAUCAUUUGGAUUACAUCUUGUGGGCAAAUUGUCUUGUAAACAGUGUACAAAUUGUACCAUACCGAGUCUUUUGGUAUCCUGAUAGUCCCACGUACGCACCAAAACGGCUCUCCUUUGCACUGUAUGAACUAGGAGAUGACGAUGACGUCGAGACGCUCGUUUAUGAGUCCAUAACGUAUUGUAUUGCCAAUGAUAUGAAGAUGAAAACAUUUGAGCUACCACGUCGAGCUUUUCUGUCUCGAGGAAUUUUACGAUUGAAUUUGUUUGAUCGACAGGAGGAUAUUAGUUCGGGUGUGGCUCGAUGGAUGCAAGAGUUUAAUUUACCUCCCUAUUACACGUGUUUGAGUUAUGUAGGUGUUACGGGAUUGCUGGAAUUUGAGCUAUCGUUGGAGUAG